ACUGACCGCCUCAAGUUAAUACGGUGUUGAUCCGUUUCCGAGUUAAUAAGUCUGCUAUGACCUUAACGUAAGCCCGUGAGAUAACUUGCCUAUAUAAAUAUGUACUUAAAGAUACGAUCUUCAUAUUGCUUUAGCUAUUCAUGCAAAGAUAGUCUGUGUUUUGCGAGAUUACGUGAAAAACGUUAGAUAAAUCGUAGAUUAAAAGAUUCAUCGUGUAUCACAAAAGUCCUUUAAGUUGUUUUGUUUUCGCAUCUUGAUGUAAUACACUGUUUCACUUUCGCCUACAAAAGUUGAAAAAUAAAAAUAGUUUUCGAAUUUGUUAGCUUGAAUUAUCCGAGAAAAAUAUGUUCGGUUAACAAAGUAGUUUUGGAGGUCAUUGUCUGAGUUUUUGAAUAAAACACGUGACAACUAAUUAGCUGGCUAAUUAACAAUUUGUGUUGGUUUGGAGAAACACGUCGGCGCAUAAAAGAAUAAUGUGUGCAAGAUUUCUUCAUGAAGUUUACAGUGGAUAAACGCUUGGGUGACAAUUUUAAAGCAGUUCCGUGGAUACAAUAAAAUAAGAAGAGCAGUAAUGAAGAUCAAAAAGGGAAUACAAAGCUAUGUAAUAUCUGAAGUAACAUUAGAAAAAGAUGCCAAACCAGAAGAAGACUAUGUCAGCAAAACUAUCGGAAACUUUGGUUCAUACCAAGCAAUUGUGUGUCCUAUAGCAGGAAUAAGCAGACUCAUAGUAAUGUGGAAUGUUAUGUGUAUAGUAUUCUUAACACCGACAACUAACUUCACUUGUGUGAAGUUCAAAGAUAACCUAAUUAGAAAUGUCACCAACUCAACAUGCUAUGCCGACUGCAUAGAAUAUGCAUACCAUAGCUCGGUGCUUGAAGAAACAUUGAUUUCAUCGUUUGGUUUGAUAUGUGGUAAUGCGUGGCUUGCAAGUUUUACACAGACUAUUGCAAUGCUUGGAUUAGUCAUUGGAGUUUCGGCGUUUGGCUGGGUUUCUGACAGGUUCGGCCGCCGCAUCGCGUAUAUUCUGUCUGGCAUGACAACAGUCAUCUUCACUUUGGCUUCUUCUUUCGCGCCAAGUUACUGGGCGUUUACUGCCAUGCGUUUCUUCGCUGGCUUCGGAUCAGGCGGCGUCAUGACACUUAGCGUCGUGCUCAAUGUCGAAAUGGUCGGACCAAAAUACAGAGAAAUUUCUGGAGCUAUGUCCUUGCUUGCUGAUGGAGUUGCAGUCAUGUUAUUAGCAGCAAUAGGAGCUCCUAUAUCGUCGUGGAGAUCUAUGUUACUAAUAUUUGGAAUAGUCGGGGUUUUGAUACUGGUAAUGCUGAUGUUCUUACCAGAGACGCCUCGGUGGUUGAUUUCGCAAAGGAAGACUGAGGAAGCUGUUGCCCUGAUGACUAAAAUCGCUAAGUUCAAUGGACUUAAUACAUCUCACAUAAGAGAAACAGUUCAAGAAGCCGUUAAACAUCUUGAAAAUCAACAAAUGGCUGUGCAAAAGUAUACGUUCCUGGAUCUAUUCAGGAAUAUGAAACUAGCCAGGAUAACUGUGACCAGUGUCGCUAUGUGGAUAGCCGGUGGAAUAUGUUAUUUUGGUAUAAACCAAUAUUCAACGUUACUUGGACUGAAUAUAUUUGUUGUGGUGCCCAUGAUGGGCUUUUUUCAAAUUAUAGGCAACUUCCUUGCGCUACCAGCGAACAGAUACUUCAAGAGGAGGAUGUCUUUAUUCACCGCGUUCAUAACAGUCGGUAUUUUUAUGCUGAUCCUCAUCUUCGUGCCUUACGCCCACUGGGGCUGUGGAGUUCUCACUUGCAUCGGGCUCGUCUUCGCCAUUAUGAUCAUCUGCAUCGCCUACGUCCAUAGCAGCGAGGUCUACCCCACUCCCUUGAGGAACAUGGGGAUCGGUGUGUGCUGCGGAGGGGCAAAGGUUGGGGCAAUGAUUGCCCCGUUCAUCGCAAACGCACAUCCUCAUUGGAUAGCUGAAACUAUAUUGACUGUGAUACCCUUUGUUGGCGCACUCCUGAGCCUCUUGCUGCCAGAAACUAAGGGCAAAGAAAUUAAAGAUACUGUUGAUUAAAAAGUUUUGCUAAAUGAUUUGAAGACCCAAAAUUAAAGGAGACAUAUGACCAAAAGAGUAGGUACUUCAUUCACUCUUACAAACACGACUAGUUUUACUUUCUUUUCCUCAAUGAUUACAUUUUUUAUUCCAAAAAUUAUGUCAUCACUUUCCGUAUCAGCAGAUAAUCUAUCGUGCGUGACCUUAAUUAUCAUAAUAUCGAUGACAGGUUUAAGAUCCUCAUGCAUCAAGUCACAUGAUUGUCAGUCAGAUAGAGAUGGCCUUAUCAGUAUUGACGUAGAGCUGUCUCAACCAUCUUGAGUACAGUGAUAAGGAAAUUGGUGAAAGAAUGGAUGUACUCAAUGCAUUUUUGAUAAACGUCUGCAGAGAUUUUAACUUUUUUCUGGAGGAUUAUUUUCAAAACAAUUCUUUUGACAGAAAAGAUCUAAUAAAAUAAUUUAUUUAUGGGAAUUAUGUAAUAGUCCCUCUAUGUUCAUACAAACGUCGCAAACAAAUCAUAUGACUACUUAGGGUGGAUUCGACCAAACAAGAGUAAAUAUUAAUCUCAGAAUAAAUCGUCAGUUAAUCGACAUUUUGACAUUUCCCAUACUAAAACUGUCAAUGUGCCAGUUAUACCAGCCCCCCUAGACAAAACGCACUUUUUGAUCGAAUCGAAAAUCGAAUCCGUCAAAACUCCAUACAAAAAAGGGGCUUUUCGACCACUUUUCGACUGGUUUGCGAUUAUAAUUUGCACUUUGUCUAGACCCACUGGAGUUAUUCUCGGGUAAAUGUUUGGUCGAAUCGGGCCUUAAUCAGUCGUUUGGUCUAUAUUAUUUAAACCCUGUAUCCUUCAUUGUAGUCAUUUCUUUGAAGUUUUGAAACAAUUUGCUUAUAUUGUAACCGGCAAUGGAUCAUACUCGUAAGUGAAUUCACAGGAUGGACGACAAAUUGGAGCUGAUCGUCGGUGCGUUUGAUUCGCCCAGUUAUCGUUUCUUCCCGAUUGUCACGCGGCGGCUUUUGAAUUUGAGCCAUGUCUCACUGAGAUUUCUGAGUCACAAAAUAAGUAUGACACAAUCUACAGCCUUUACUAAAGAAUUAAAAAAUAAAUUCAACAACAACAACUGUUUAUUGGUCUAUCUAGAGGCGAGACUUUGGAAAAACUAUGAUGUAGAGCCAGACAUAUCAGACAAUUAAGUUAACAAAUAAAUAAGGUGUACACGACCAAGCUGAACCUAAAAAAUUCUACAACCUUUAGACCCUAAUUCAUAGUAAAUGUUACUUUGCAUGUAUUUGAUUUGCUUGUUUCUCUCACAUAUUAUGAUGCUGGCAUCAGUCAAAGAGAGCAAUCAAAAUCAAAUUUUUAAGUUCAAAGUCAAAGUCAAAGUAUUUAUUUGCAAAGAAUAGGUACAAUAGUUUAGGUGUUAAAUUUAGGUAAAGUGCUACUAUUCUGCUUAACAAUAUCAGCAUGCAAAUUUUGUGUCUAGGAAUUCCUUUACUUAUAUGUUUAUUUAUUUAGGUACAGCAACAGAAUACAAGUUAUUUUUUACAAAUAAUUUAGAUAACAAAAAGUAUGUGCACGACGGACGGCCCCGAAUAGAAACUUAUAGCUGUAAAUAAUUGUUUCGUUUUUGUUUCAUAGUUGUUUCAUAGUUAUUUCGUUUUAUAAAGUUUGUAUAGUUUAAAUAUCGAUAACUUCGUAAUACAGUCCACUUUCUCUUAGUUGGUUCUCAAUUAGUAAUGUGUCAAGUCCUUAAUUACUGAUUAAUAGGCGUAUGUGGGACGUUGGAGAUGUAUAAAUCAUAGUUUAUUUUAGAAAACCAUAGAAAUGUAUAAUUUGAUAGCCCUUUGUUUUAUGUAUAUCGAUUAAACCUAUAAUUUCGUCUAGUUAUGUAUGUCGAGUCAUAUUUAUAAUAUGUAAAUUAGACAGAUAAUUAUGUGUAGAUCUUUAUAGUUAUUUACUUUUAAUUGGUGAUAAUCUUAAUUAGCCAUAAAGGCAAUUAAUUUAAAAUAGUGUGGCCAAAUGAGCCCUAAUAUUUGUACAAAUGAUUUAUUUGUAAUUAACCCUGUACCUGUGUACCUUUAUUUACCUAUCGAAUAGUAAGAAGUAAUUUGUCUGAAAAUAAAUAACAUAGAUUCCAAAGAAUAGUGGAAGAGCUAAUUAGAAUCCGAUAAGAAUUAGGUCAAGGUCAUAGUUAAAAAAUAGGUCACCGAAUAGAUAAAAAACAGGCUCUCUAUACGGUAUUGCCGCCCAGGGGGGGUCUAAAUUAGAGAGAGAGGGCAAUAGAUUUGCUGUUUCAUUAGAGCGAGAGGCAGCUAGGUUUUCUCACUCUAAUGAAAGUAAAUAAAUAUCGGGGUGCCAUCCGGACCCAGUCAGUUCCGCGUUUUCUCCUCAACAAGCUACAACACCAAGCUCUCGCCACUGCUCCGAGGAACCGGUCACAGUCUCAACCACAA